AAGUUGAACGCUUAUCCGAUACUUUGAUCAGUUGUGCGUUGGACGCGUAACGGAUCGGUGUGGACGGUGUAUCCGUCCGAUUCGGUCAAAAAAGAACAUCCCCUGUGUUCCUCAAACCCCCAAACCGUAACCAAUUUUAAGUGAAAAGUAAGUUAGACAGGCGAAGAAAAAAGGUCAACACGAAAGUACCGCUCGGCAAGACGUUGCAUGGCAAGACAGUGCUCGGUGUGGGUGUGUGUGGUUGCGCAUUAGAAAAUAAUUACUGUAACCUUUGGAAGCUUAUUACUUGAUGUGCGGUAACUUGAACCAUGGCAAAGUUAAUCGUAAACUCAAUUAUAAAGUUCACUGUACACUUCGGUUUACUACAAUUGGCAAUCUACAAGUUGUCGUGGGUUGCGGGCCAAGCUACGAAAGGAUCUGUGGUUGAUGCUGUUUACUUGGAGGAUACUAGUAACAAUGCUGGCCCUAAUUACUUCAAGAUGAUCAAUGAUUACGAGCCUUCGGCUGAGGAUCGUUUUGGUGAGCAGAGGAUAAGUGAUCGUUCCGAUGCUUUUACGCUUUCCAGUGAUCGUCGCAGUGUAGUGGAGUGUGGUGGAGUCUACAAACGGUUGCAGAGUGAGAUUCGCUCCCCAAGUUUCCCCGAACACUACCAGGGACACUUACACUGCGAGUACACCUUCAAGUCACCGUUUGUCUGCAGCAGUCAGUACCAUUUUCAGUUCGUUGAUUUUGCACUCGAACCGUCGCGCAACUGUAGCAAAGAUCGGCUAGUGAUCGGUGAUGCGGAGAUCCUCUGCGGGACAGUGUUAGGCUCGAAGCUGUACGAUGCUCCUGGAGGUUUGUUGCGCAUGAAGUUCAUCACGGAUGGUUGGGGAUCGGGACGGGGAUUUCGUAUCCUCGUCACUAGACAACCGUGCAGUGAGGACAACGAGGCUGCCGAAUCAUCAACGGCAUAUUCCGUUUUCACCACGAUCGAGGUGGCUGAUGAAACAGACCCAAACGAUGAAGAUACGGUAACGGACGCGCCAGAGGGUGAUCGUAAAAUUGUAAGCAGUCGGCAAGAUAUUCCGCCCGAGUUUAAUCCAGGCGGCAAUGGGUAUUUACCUCCUCCUCCGACUACUUCUACUCCAACGUACCCAUCGCCGAUCUACCCUUCACAACCGUUUCCUUGUCCGGCGCCAUGUGCAUAUCCACCGUGGGGAUGUUCUGUGCCAAACUAUCCAAUAACCCCUAUAGUUCCUCCACCAAGAUAUCCUUGUGAUCCGAGAAUUCAAUCCUGUUCGCCUUCCUAUCCACACUAUCCAACGUAUCCACAGCAGCCUGUUCCGGUGCAACCACAAAACCCUCCCUGUCCCACCGCUCCUUGUGUUCCAGUACCGUCCGUCCCACAGUAUCCUCGGUACCCUUCAUAUUAUCCCUCCGGAUACCCAACGGUGACAACAGACACUGAAGGUACCACUUCGCUUGGAGGACCACCACCAGGUUAUGAACCGGUAAAGACGGAAGUAAGGCCCGAAUUUCCGGAACCCACAACGGAGCGAGUUCCGGAAGGUGUUGAACCGGAAAACCAGGUGUCUUUUGUGCCCGGAAUUGGGCCAACUUGUUGUAGAAAUGUAUUCAAUCAGCGACGGUUCUAUCUCACCAGUGCUAACUUCCCAUCGCAGACCACCGUUCACCAGGACUGCGUUGUGCAGGUACAGCGCAAUUCUCCCUACAUCUGCCGUCUGGUGAUAACAUUCAAGUUUUUCCUACUCGGAUCCGAUCACUUCCCGGGAUGUCCGGGUGGAUUCGUUGAAAUCGAUGGACAGCGUGUAUGUGGCUGCCGAACGGGACAGGUGUACCGUACGGCGGACUUUGGUCCGUUCCCGUCCAAAACGAUACGCAUUCAUUCCCAAGCUGGACGGUUCCCUACCGUACAAGGGUUCGUGCUGGACGUGUAUCAGGAAGAAUGUCCACAACGGUUCCCGCUUAAGCGUAGCGAUGGAUACGAUCGAGAACGCUAUUUUCAGCCACAGCAACAACAAUAUAGACCGCAGACCAACCGGUUCAGCUUCGAAAUGUCUCGCGUGGAGGGAAAGCAACUUGCUGUACCGGUUCAAACCAUUCAAACGACAAACACAACGCAACAGACCACACAUCAGUUCUACGUGUACAAUUUGGACGAUGCGGAACCAAUCGAACGCCCGCAGGACAUCCCAAUCGUGGCGGCAGAAAGUCAACAGCAGGUGCUGCAGUAUCGCCCAACAGUAACGAAUUCGCAGAAGUUCGUCCAGCUUCCGACUUUUUCGCAAUCAGGCGGACCGAACCGUUGCCUAUUUACUACGCUCGAUUGGUUCCGAUUAAAGCUCGACUGGUUGUGGAUCUUUAAGCCAAUAUGUCAGUAAGCCUGGAAUGAUUUUCACAUGCAUGUAAUAUGAAAACGCAAGCAAAUAUAAAACCUUUAUAUAAAACA